AUGAAAUCGGACACCUUAAAAGCAGAGGACAGGACGCAAACUGGGGGUGCCGACGAAAAUACUUCUGAUUCAACUUCUCCUCAAACAUACCAAAACAAGGAGAUAAAGGCCGAGGGCAGCGAGAAUGGGGCGGCCGCAGAGGAAAAGCUCUCCCCUGAUGAGUAUCCACAUGGGCUACGGUUGGUCACACUUGUCGGUGCUGUGAUGAUGACUGUCUUUUUGACAUCUCUGGACCAAACUAUUGUUGGUACAGCCAUUCCCAAGAUCACAGACGAGUUCCAUGGUCUUAGCCAGGUAUCGUGGUAUGGUUCCGCGUACUUCAUGUGCUAUGGUGGUUUCCAAUCCUCAUGGGGCAAAGCCUACAAAUUCUUCCCCUUGAAGCUUACGUUCAUGACGAGCGUAUUGAUUUUUGAAGUCGGCAGCCUGAUUUGUGGUGUCGCACCGAACUCGAACGCUCUUAUUGCUGGACGCGCUAUUGCGGCGCUGGGUGGUGCUGGCGUGACCACCGGCGGAACCGUAAUUUUCGCCUUUUGCGCCGAACCAAAGAACCGACCAAUGCUUAUGGGGCUGAUGGGCUUCUCGUACACAAUUGCUGCCAUCCUUGGGCCGAUCAUUGGCGGAGCUUUCAGCGAGCGUGUCACCUGGAGAUGGUGUUUCUACAUUAAUCUGCCUCUGGGUGGUUUCUCCUUGACCCUGAUCAUGCUCUUCUUUCGCACGCCGAGCACUGCCAAAGUGGUGACAGCUACUUUUGCAGAGAAAAUCCGUCAAUUGGACCUCGUAGGCAUUACCUUGGCUAUGGGCGCGAUUAUCAGUUAUAUAUUGGCGCUUCAGUAUGGAGGACAGGCCUAUCCUUGGAAGAGCAGCGUGGUCAUUGGUCUGCUCGUUGGUGCUUUCGUCAUCUUCGUAGCUCUCGCGGUCUGGGAUUACUUUCAGGGAGACUACGCUAUGCUACCUAGGAGAUUAUUGGGACAGCGAGCAUUGUGGGCACCAAGCAUAUUCCAAUUCUUCUAUUCCGGAUGCUACUUCCUGCUCCUCUAUUACCUGCCGAUCUACUUCCAGAGCAUCAAGGGUGUCGGUGCCAUUCAGUCUGGUGUGGACAAUUUGGCCCUGGUCAUCGCCGGUUGUAUCGCCAUGUUAGCAGGUGGCAUGAUUGUCACUUCGACCCGGCUUGCAACCCCGUUCAUGGUCGGUGGAGCGGCACUAACCACUGUCGGAUGUGGUCUUCUUUACACAUUGGACGUCAACACUGCUUCGGGAAAAUGGAUCGGCUAUCAGAUCCUUCUUGGCGUGUCGAUCGCCUUUCCAUUCCAGAAUGGCCUCAACAUAGCGCAAGCACACAUUACAGCCAGCGAUGUGUCAACUGCAACGGCCACACUUUUCUUCUUCCAAGUUGUUGGAGGAGCAUUCAGUCUCUCAGCCGCACAAUCGGCAUUUGUCAACAGGCUGACCUCGACUCUGCCCACAUAUGCCCCUGGUGUGAAUCCUGCACUGGUGGUAGCAACAGGUGCCACAGAGCUCCGAUCAGUCUUUCCCCCAGACCAGCUUCAAGGCAUCCUCCUUGCGUAUAUGGAGGGAAUCAAGGCUUCAUUUGCAAUUGCAACCGCCCUGUCCGGGGUGGCAUUCAUUAUGAGCUUCUUUUGUCCCUGGUCCAGGCUUCCUAAGGGUCCUGCCGGUGGUGCUGCGCCGGCUGUAUGA